AUGAGGGAAAGCAGAUGGUCGUGGUGGUGGCGGUACAAGAAACAGACGCAUACAGCCACUGCCUUGCACCGGAGACGCCGGCACUGCUGCUCAAAAGCACUCAGGCUGCUGCGACCGCCCUUCGUCUCAUCCGCCAACGCUGACGACUGCCCCGUCACGACCGGCACGACCGCUGGCGCAAUGGCGCAUGAACUGGACCAAAAGAUACAGGAUGUGUACAAGAAGAUCCAGACGGAGCGCAAGGUCCUCGAGGCCGGCCGUCUGCUGCGCCAAGCGACCAGCAACCCCGAGGUCCUAGCCAGCAACGACGCGAAGAUCAGGGAGGCCGAGCGCUCGCUCUCCUAUUUCGAGAAUACCCUGCGCGAGCUGCAGUCCCGUAAGCUGCAGCAGUCGCAACGCGACGAUCAUUCUCGAUCCAGCAGCACUAGUUCCGCCCAGCUUGGGCUGCCUACAUCUCCCCGCUCGGCGACAGGUAGAUACCCCUCCGUCGCGUCCGACUAUGGUCCGCCUGGGCGCAGUGGCCGGCCACCGUCGUCACCCAACUUGGGACCCGUCCCUCCUUCAGAUGACGACCAUGGCGGCGUACCGAAGCCGAAGACAUAUACCAACCUAGAUUUGAUAAAAGCAGACUCGCCGCAUACAACGGCGAAGAUCUCGCGCAUGCUGCAUCAACUCGAAUACAAGCUCCAGAUCGAGAAGGAGUACAAAACGGGUAUUGAUAAAAUGGUGAAGUUAUAUCAAGCCGAGGGCGAUAAGAAAUCAAGAGCCGAUGCGGAGGGAAAGAGAGUAGAGAGUGAAAGGAAGAUCCAGCUGCUCCAGAGUGCUCUCAAACGCUACAAGAACCUGUACGUACUUGACGAUGCCGGAGAAGAGGAAGAAGAGCAAGACGAAGAUGGGCAACGCAAGGACAAUCUGCGCUCAAAACCUCUCUCCGGUAAAUUACAAAUCACCAUCAAAGGUGCGCGCGAACUCGACCACGCCCCCAUUGUCAAAGCCCGAUCCUCCUCCAAGCAAGUCAGAGAGACCUACAUUUCGCUGCGUGUCGAAGGGACCCAGUAUGCCCGAUCACACCCCAGUCGGACCGACCGCUGGAACGAAGACUUUGACAUCACCGUCGAUAAGGCUAACGAGCUCGAAAUUGCCAUCUACGACAAGCAAGUGAGCGAACCCUACCCAGUGCCCAUUGGUCUGCUCUGGAUCAAGUUGAGUGACCUCGCCGAGGCUCAGAGGCGGCAAAAGGUCAUGAUGGAAAGUGGAGCGGGCGGAUGGGUCACUGCUGGUGCUAUGGGUGGGGAUGCUACCAGCCCGCCGAUCUCAGGGCAGAAUGGAGAUGCUACUUUCGGUGUGGCGGAUAACAGGGGUAUGAUUGGUGGAAAUUUCACGAAUAUGGCAAUCCAGAACGACGGCAUCGACGCCUGGUUUGCAGUGGAGCCCGCUGGUGCUCUCGCGAUGCACAUAAGCCUUGUUAAGGAGAACGUCCGGAAGCGCCCGCUCGACACGCCCGGACGUCUGGGCCGUCAAGGUGCCGUCCGCCAACGGAAAGGGGAGGUGCACGAGAAGAACGGCCACAAAUUCGUCCAACGUCAAUUCUACCAGCUUAUGCUUUGCGCAUUCUGCAACGAGUUCCUCCUCAAUGCUGCCGGAUAUCAGUGCGAAGACUGUCGAUACACCUGUCAUAAAAAGUGUGCCGAGAAGAUCGUCACCAAGUGUAUAUCCAAGUCAAACACAGGGGAGGACGAGGAGAAGAUCAAUCAUCGCAUUCCCCAUCGGUUCGAGCCAUUUGCCAACAUUGGCGCGAACUGGUGUUGCCACUGCGGCUACAUGCUACCACUUGGCCGUAAGAAUGCCCGCAAAUGCACAGAGUGCGACAUCACCUGCCACGCAACUUGCGCUCACUUGGUCCCCGACUUCUGCGGAAUGAGCAUGGAGACAGCGAACAGACUUCUGCACGACUGGCGUGACAUCAAUCGAGCCAGAGGCGGAAAGAGCGUCUCACAGGCCCGCCCGAAGCCCAAGCAGGAGUCGACACAGAGCCCGAUGCUGCCGCCUGUGGGUCUGGAGGGCGAUAUGGGUAACUUGCGCUUGACGGGAGACAUUCCCCCUCUCGAUCAAGCGUACGGACAAGCCGCUCAGGCUCCCGGAUAUGCACAACAGCCCUACCCGGCUCAGGCUCCUCCACGUCCCCCGCCCGGCGCUAAGAUACCCCCAGUGCCUCCCUACACGCAGCAAGGAAUCGCGCAACCUGUCCCCUCUCGCCCCUCCUCCGAUUACGAGCAGGUUCCUCAACCUGGACCGGGUGGAUAUGAUCGAGCAUCACCGCAGCCCCCUGUACCGCCAAAGCAGUAUCCUCCUGCUGGCGCUCCCGUGCAGGCCCAGCCUCCUGCCGCACAACAGCCAGUACCUGCUUCUCAGCAACAAGUUCAGCAACGUCCACCAGCGGCUCAGCAGCAGGUCCGCAGACAGUCGACAAAGAGGAAAGUCGGUCUGGAGGACUUCAACUUCCUGGCUGUGCUGGGGAAGGGUAACUUCGGAAAGGUCAUGCUGGCGGAAGAGAAGAGGUCAAACAGUCUCUAUGCCAUCAAGGUGCUGAAGAAGGAGUUCAUCAUCGACAACGACGAAGUGGAAAGUACUCGCUCAGAGAAACGUGUCUUCUUGACUGCUGCGAAGGAACGUCAUCCCUUCCUGCUCGGCUUGCACUCGUGCUUCCAGACGGAGACUCGCGUGUACUUCGUGAUGGAGUACGUCAGUGGUGGUGAUCUGAUGUUGCACAUCCAGCGGAAACAGUUCUCCCUACGGCAAGCGAAAUUCUAUGCCUCCGAAGUCUUACUUGCGCUGGAGUACUUCCAUCAGAAUGGUAUCAUUUACCGCGACUUGAAGCUCGACAACAUUCUCUUGACGUUGGAUGGCCACGUCAAGGUAGCUGAUUACGGUCUUUGUAAGGAAGAUAUGUGGUACGGCUCAACCACCAGCACGUUCUGUGGAACUCCGGAGUUCAUGGCCCCAGAGAUUUUACUGGAGCAGCGCUACGGCCGCGCCGUCGAUUGGUGGGCGUUCGGUGUGCUCACCUACGAGAUGUUGCUCGGUCAAUCCCCGUUCCACGGCGACGACGAAGACGAAAUUUUCGAUGCCAUCCUUGAAGAUGAGCCUCUGUAUCCUAUCACUAUGCCCCGAGAUGCUGUAUCAAUAUUGCAAAAGCUCUUGACCAGGGAUCCCACUCGCCGCCUUGGUUCGGGCAAGGAUGACGCCGAAGAGAUCAAGAGACAUCCCUUCUUCAAGGACGUCAAUUGGGAUGAUGUAUUACAUAAACGAAUCCCCCCUCCGUAUUUCCCGACGGUGAGCGGGAGCGCGGACACGAGUAAUUUCGACGAGGAAUUCACUCGAGAAGAGCCGACAUUGACACCCGUGUACGGUCAACUAUCUGCUCGUGAUCAGGCGGAAUUCAACGGGUUCUCCUGGGUGGCUUCGUGGGCGGAUGUAUGA